UACUGUGUUAAAUAAUGUAGUAUAUCAAUUUCCAUGUAACAUAUUUAUAUUUUUAUACUACAAUUUUAAUCUAUUAUAAUUUUAAAUAAAUUUUAAUUUUCUGUACAAUAGUCUUAAUUUACCAAUUUUAAAACGUGAUAGUAGGAUCCGCGAAAUGGAACCAAAACAAAUGUUAGAGAUUAAAAAGGGAUCCAUUGUAAGGACAAUGAAGGAGUAUAGCUUAUACAAGAAAGAGCUUGUAGAGGCCCAAUCUAAGUUGGAAUCCAUAAAGGCUACUGGUGAUGAACACGAAGUUAAAUGGGCCCAGAAUUUGGUAAAUGAAACAACCGCAGUGCUCGAGGAUACUAAAAAGAGGCUAACCGGCUUCGCCUCUGACCUCGACCAGUUCAUGAGGGAAAAAAUGAAGCCACUUGUCAAGGACCCAAGUGCCCCAAGGAUGCUUAAGUCGAUGUUUUUGGAGUGUAAAACGGCCAUUGAGGAGCUAACCAAAACACAUCCUGAAAUUGACUUUAAAAGUGGUCAAAAAACAGAAGCACAAUUGACUUAAAUUUUAAAAACUAUAUUAAGAGCCUAAAACAAUGGGCCAACUCUUGAAAAAUCGUUUUUCCAAGAGUUUAGUGAGAAAAUAUCUUCAAGCCAUGACGUGUUAACAAUUCCAUACACUAAAGAUUUAAAUUAUUCACAAACUUACCAUUUUGAUUGUAAUAUAUGACCAUUUCUAUAAAAUUGUGAGCUUCUCAU